AUGUUCAAGUUUGUAUUGUAUAAGUAAAUACAUGCCUAUGUGGCAUAUGCCUGGACAUGGUGUUUUUGAAAAGCAGUAUAGUUAUCCAUAUGUUAGAGACACAGUCACAAAAACUUUCCUUGUCAAGGCAUCUUUCAUCAUUCCAAUUUCCUCAUUCUUCAUCUUCGAAAUCUUCACCAAAAUGUCACCUUUAAGAUCUAAAAUUUUCUGUUUUCUAAAUCAAAUUACAAAAUUUGCAUGUGGAAUAUUAUUAAUGCUAAUCUUCGGCGUAGUGCUGAAACAUGUGACCGGUGUUCCAAGACCAUAUUAUAAUACGGUUUGCCGGCCAAACGUCAAUAUGAAUGAAGAAGUAUCAAGAUAUCCUUAUAUACUGAAUGAUAAAGAUGUGUGUGAAAAUCCAGAUUAUGAAGCAAUUCGUUCAUUUCCAUCUCUACAUGCAGCUGCAGUAUUCUAUAAUUUUGUUUAUUUGUCAUGCUACUACGAGUCUCGAUGGACUCUUGAGAACUUUGUACUGCUGAAACCCAUGCUUCAAGGAGCGUUGUUCUUAGGUGCCAUUUUCACCAGUUGUUCUCGCAUAACGGAUUACAAGCACCAUUUGACGGAUGUCAUCGUUGGCUCUGUUCUUGGAGUGGUUUCUGCAAUAUUUUUGAUGGUCAGUGCAACAGAUAUUUUCAAGUCUUUGUCAAGCAUUCCAAAAACAAAGAUGAAACAAAAUGAAAAGAUUGACUGAAAGUGCAUUGCUUCAUAGUUUGUAAACAAUAAUAAUUCUAUUUAAUCUAUUGAUAUAUAAAAACAGUUUAAUAUAUUUUUAGUUUUUUAAAAACUGAAUUGGUAAAAUUGAUAAAUCUAAAGUAAAUACUGUUUAUCAAAAUUAUGUUUAUUAAGUGAACCUGUAUGCUUAUACAACCAAAUUAGACAGCCGUUUUAGUGGCACUACACUAUGGUUAAACUAGAAAGCUUUAUAGGUUGGAAAUCAUAAUGAACUAGAUAAUGCUGCUUUUACACUGCACAGUAAAUUCAUAGCCUCCCCACGGUGUGAUAUUUCUCUGAUAAUUGAUGAGUAGGAGUUUGAAACCAAUCAGACUUGCCAAACUUUAGUUAUCGUGGUAACACACAAUUUACUACAACGGUGACAGUGGCAAAAACAAAUAUUUCAAUUUCAACUAAAUUAUUAGUUUUUAUUUGUAUUAUGAUGGUAUUUAGUUUAAAUUUCAUUAGUGAAAUAUUAAUUAUGCAAAUGAGCAAUUAGCAUAUUCACACACGUACCAGAAACAAUAGGCUCUGUUUUCUUAUUACUUAUUGAAACCAAUAAGUCUUAACAAACUUAUAGUUAUUAUCAUGGCAACUAGCCUAAAUUACCGAUUAGUUUAAUAUUAAUUAGGCAAAUGAGCAAAUAGCAUAUUCACAUGAACCAAAAAUGAUAGGCUCCGUCUUAUUACCUUCUUGCAUUCUGCCAAGUUUGAAACCAGUCAGACUUGCCAAACAUUAGUUAUUGGGGUAACUAGCCUAAAUUACCUGAUUAGGUUAAAAUAGCUAGACUAGCCUAAAAUAUUGAUUAUGCAAAUGAGCAUAUUCAUACACGUAACAAAAACAAAAGGCUUCGUCUUUUUAUUACCAACUUGCAUUUUAUCAAGUUUUAAACCAAUGAGACUUGCAAAACUUUGGUUGUUGUGGUAACAAACAAUUUACACAACAAGGACAGUGAUAACAUGAAUAAAAAAUGUGUAAAAACAAUAGCCUCAGAGGAGCCUCGCUCAUUUAGGAAGGCUAAUAAUACUUAAAUUAGGUGUGCUGCAUUGUGCUAGUGCUACUGUGUGUGAGUGUUUAAGUCAAUUGUAUUAAAAAAAAACUGCUUGAGGGUUACGGUAGAUCUGUGCCUAUACCAUAGGUCUAGAUGGCUAAUGGUACGAUACCUUGAUAACGAGAGUUAGCAAGCUUGAAUCCUGCCAGACACUUUUUUCAUACAACUGAAAAAGGAACUUUUCGUUGACAGGCUAU